AUGGACAAGAAUUUCGAGGAUUACUAUGGCAUUUUGAGGAUAGAUCAAAACGCAUCGAAUGCUGUCAUUCGAAAAGCUUAUCUUGAUCUUGUAAUGAAGCAUCAUCCGGACAAGAAUCUGGGUCAAACUGCAAAACAACUGGAAUUCUGUAAGAGAAUUAUUAAAGCAUAUCAAGUGUUAUCGGAUCCCAUGCAGCGUAAGGAGUACGAUCGAAAUUACCAAGACAGAAAGAAGCGACAACAGACGAACGCUAGUCAGCAAGGAAGAGGCAACAAGGAGUCGCAUGGAAGCAAUAGCCAAAAAAAUGGUCAUUUUUUCAGGAGAGAAGUCAUCAACAAAAUACUGGUCAACAAAGAAGACCCAAUAGCGAACAGAAAGAAAAGCCUAAGCCACAUUAUAAUCAUAAUGCACAUUCUUCUGGUAAACAAGGAAGGCAUGACUGGCGUCGUCAAGAUGAACGGGAUCGAAACCAGACUUACAUAUGAGGGAGUUCCCUUGAUACUUUGCAGUCCACAAAUACUGCUGCGUCUAUACUAUUUCAUCACGAUGGACAAGAAUUUCGAGGAUUACUAUGACAUUUUGGGGGUAGAUUCAAAAGCAACGAAUGCUACCAUUCGAAAAGCUUUUCAAAUUCUUAUAAAGAAGAAUCAUCCGGAUAAGAAUCCGCGUCAAACCGCAAGUGCUCUGGACUCUUGCAAGAGAAUUAUUAAAGCAUAUAAAGUAUUGUCGGAUCCCUUGCAGCGUAAGGAGUACGAUCGAAAUUAUCAAGACAGAAAGAAACGACAACAGUCGAACGGUAAUCAACAAGGAAGAGGCAACAAGGAGUCGCAUGGAAGCAAUAGCCAAAAAAAUGGUCAUUCUUCAGGUAAUCAGGAAAAGAAGAAAUACGAACACCGUCCCAAAAGCGAACACAAGAAGGAGAAUAAUCAUAAUGGACAUUCGUCAACCAAUCAGGAGAGAAGUCAUCAACAAAAUACUGGUCAACAAAGAAGACCCAAUAGCGAACAGAAAGAAAAGCCUAAGCCACAUUAUAAUCAUAAUGCACAUUCUUCUGGUAAUCAAGGAAGGCAUGACUGGCGUCGUCAAGAUGAACGGGAUCGAAACCAGAGUAACUUUAAAAAUCGAGACCAUGCAUAUUAUCAGGAGAGUUGGCAGGAGGAUUAUGAUUUACCCGGAAUUGCGUAA